ACAGUGUCAUGGCCUGUCAAAAUCUAACAUAAAUAUUUGCGAAAUAAUAUAAAAUCUCGCGUCCUCGUGGUUACACUUGGUUCAAAAUCCAAAUGCGGCGUUUUACGUAGUUUUUGUUCUAAAUUCCACUAGCAUGGAUGAUGAAGUCGAAGACAUCGUAGGUGACGUACGGUAUACGGAUUCCCAAAAAAGUGUAACCACAUCGGUCGUCUAUUCCCUGGACUUCACAGACAGCAGUCCCGAGCGAUACAACUCAUCUGGCAAGGAGACGUACAUCAUAGAGCAGGAUGAAAGCGACGACAGCGAAGCCACCUUUCACACACACAUAAACGAAAGCUUCAACAAGUUAACAGAAGCAAAGUCUACUGAUACGCAGCAAUUAGUCCACAAUGAAAUCAACAAACCCAUUCUUGCCAAUCUCAAUAAACCAAACUUAACCCACGAAUUCACACAAACAAGCAAAACUAUUAUUGAACUUGCAAAAAACGAAAUUGUCGUAGUACACCAACCGACACAAAGUAAAUCUUUAGAAACGCAAACCUCUUAUGUAUCAAUAAAAGAAGAUAAAACAGUAGAUUGUAAGAUACACCUUGAUUGUAUAUCUAAUGAAAAUGAAGAUAUACGUGAUGAUAUGUAUGAUAUCAGUCCUAAGUUUAGGCCGGUCACUCAAAGUGAUCAUAAAAAUAUUGAUGAAGAGAAUGCCAAUACAGUUUUGAACCCCGAUGCGCAAAGUUCUCCAAACAUUACAAACGAACAAGCUACUGCAGAAAAAAAUACACGUUCAAACGUUCAGGAAAUAGUCUUGGAAACUACAACAGGCGAUCAGGGUGAACACAAAUCUGAAGAUAAAAUAAUACCAUUCAUUGACGAUGAAUCAAUAGAGAGAGAGGAUCAGCAAGAGGCAAGUUAUGAAAGUACUAGUGAAGCUGAGUCUUCCAAAUAUGAUUCUGAUAUUGAAGAAGAUUCUCUAAUGUUAGAAAGUGAAUAUCGAAGCAGUAGGAGAAGUAAAGGAGACAACGCUAGCGAAACGAGCGAGAUACAAAAUUCUAUAGAAAACGACGUAGCAGAGUUGUACUAUAAGUUAUCAGAAAGUCCUCUUUUGCUGUCCCCUGAAAAUUCUAUGGAACCGAGUGCACGAAAGAUUGGAACGCUGACGCCGCUUACUGAGGAAACUUCACAGAAAAAAAGCUUUCUAGACAUUACUACCAGUUCCCAAACGGUAAUGGAACCCAUUAAAGACACAUAUUGUAAUGAAGCACUAGUUGACAAUGCUGGCGUGAAAGUGAAAAUGUUUACGAACAGUGAGGUUGUUAAAGAAAAUGACAAAUUCAGAUUACCACCGAUUCCUAACAAGUCUUGCCCGACUAGCCCACACUUAAACUUUUUGUUUUCUGUGAACACUAACCCAUUGGGAAAAGUGCGGAACUUACCAUGUCUGUUAGAAGGUCACAAUGAUGGAAUGUUCCAGAGCUGGGAGAUCGGCGCGAAUCAGUUAGCAUCUGGCGAAAGUCCACUCAUAAGUGAAAGAAGUGGUCCUGUCAAGAUACCACGAGAGUCAGUCCACUUACCACCGAUCCACAUAGAGGGAGCUAUAUACCACAACACCACUAAGCCCAUAAGCCUUGUGUCGCCAACCCAGAACACCUCGUCCCUUGAUGCCAUCAGCAUCAACGACAGGAUCAGAGAGCUCAAGACGAUGACCUAUAACACAACCAGGUCAAAAGCAGAGAGCAGAAGUAUGUCUCCAACCAGCAUCUCACCUUGCGAGGAGAGUAGGAUGUCUGACCUGGCUGAAAGAGGAUGUGACAAUGUCUGUAUCGAUCUACUCAGGAGGCUGCGAUCCUCAUCGUGGGUGGAAGUCUUAGAGAGCUUAGAGGAUAUACCGAGAUCUCUCGAGAAGUUUUGGUCGGUAUUGACGGCCAAUCGAACUGCUGAGUUGAUAAGACAGGUAACCGCGCAUGUAGACUCUCCACGGACGCAAGUCGCUCGCUGCGCUUGCACCAUUCUCGCGCACAUACUCAAGAACACCAACUAUACCAGAAAACCGGACUUCUACGAAGCGAUGGCAAUGCUGUUGACUAAGACGGGCAGCUUUAGCCGGCCGGUGCGGCACGCGGCCAACGUCGCGCUCGACGACGUCGCGUGCGGCCUCGACGUCGCGCACGCCGCCGCCGCCAUCUGCAUCUACGGAGUCGGGCACAAGAGCGCACUGGUGCGUUGUGCGUCAGCGCGUCUGCUAGUGGUGUGCUGUGCGUUGGCUGAAGGCGGACGUCAGAUCCUGCGCGCUCGUCCGCCGACCGCUGCAACUGCGCGGAGGCACGUGCUGCGCGCCCUCGCGGAGCUGCUGCAAGACAAGAACAUCGACACUAGAAAAUACGCGGAGCGCCUGUACACGAUCCUGCGUCCCCUGCCGACGUUCAAAGCCUACUUCCUCACAGACGUGGACGUGGAGCUAGCGUCACGACACAUGAAGAAGUACGACCCACUCCUCAUACACAACCAGAGAGACAGACACUAGUGUCCAGCCCAGGGACCCCGCCGAGCUGAGUUUUGGUGUACGGCCCACGUGUACAAGUUAUUACUAAAUAAACUAAUCGUAUGUAUUUACAAAUUAUUUUAAAAUAAAUAACCAAUUUAUUCUAAUAACCGAGUAGGGACCAAAGCCUAUUUCGAAAACGUUCGAUAUUGUAAUCCCCGUGCGAUAUGUUGUUUAGUUACAUAAUCGAUCGAUAAUAAUAAUUAUAACGACUAGCAAUUAACUACGUCACAUAAUUUAUAGCUUCAAGCUGUACAACAUGAAAACUAUAACUGCGCAAGCGAUGAUUUUCUCGAUCUAACGCCGGUUUCCCACGGCGCGUGAUUAUGCAGAUUAUCACGCACGGCCGACGACCACGGACAGCCUCGCACCGCGCAAGGCUCGGACGACACGACGACGUGUUCUUCUCGUGGUACGUCGGUGCGGGCUGGUCCGCGUCCGUCCGCAAUAUCAUGCUCCGUGGGAAGCCGGUAUAAGGGAUGUUUAGAAACUUGGUAGGUACUGGUAUUAAAAUACGUAUGUUGCCUAUAAUAUUGAGAUUAUAAAAAAAAAGUACGUGUAACCUACGCGCGGCUGAAGUAAAAAACAAGACAACUUCCAUUUCAAGGCUUCCAUUUUGAAAACAAGUCAACAUGUGUUUAUAUCGUAUUAAGUAAAAAAUAGAUUAGUUAGGUACUUUAAAACACAUAUAAAAUACCGCCUGCAAAACAGUUGUUGUUUGGCAGUCAUUUUCAACGGAGUUACUUUCAAAUUGCGCCUUAAUAAGUUCAACUUUGAAUGCUUUUUAUAAAAUGAAUUCACUCAAUCAAUCUAUUGAGAAAAUAUUCGCCUCCACACUUAAUAAAGUUUCCACCCCUCUAUAGAACAUACAAUCUUUGAAACCUUUUGUAAGUCUCUGUGAAUUCUCUGACUUGUGACGUAAUCAAUGGACGGUUUCUUUAAUAGAUUUUAAUCGAACGUUUCAAAAUGAGGCCAGGGAAUUAAUCCUAUCCAAUUUUACUACAAUAA